AUGACUAUUGGACCCCUGCAAGCGCCUAUGCACUCCCCCAGCGGGGAAGGCUUGAUUGCGCGGAUACCACACGAUAUCUGGUGUGAAAUUAUCGAUACCCUGCGGCCUUCCGAAGACCAGUGCCUGCAAGAGCUGAAAUGGGACAUAGCGAACCUUACGCUGGUGUCCCGAUUCUUCUGCGCACUUGCGCGGCCCAUUUUGUUCAGCGACCUCACGUUCUCCGGUCGCGGAGAUCCUACAAAGUGUCCCCGGCACCGGGAAACAAAUUGUGAGUGGUGGGACUUGAUCAAGGAGGAAUCGCCAAUCAGGUCGUAUAUAAAGUCGUACACACUCGCCGACUGGCCAUCGAGAGGACCGAUCGCUCUAAGUCAGGUCUUCGAGACACACCUGCGCACCCUCGCGUCCUUGCCUCACUUGCAAAGUUUGCGCCUGAAUGCUGUUGCUAUCGAUGCAUGGAUGCUGCAGGUGAUCCAGCAGCUGCCUAACCUCGAGACAUUUGCGCUCGAAGACGUCAAGUUCUAUCCAAACGUCAAGGACGUGGUCCUGCCAGGCCCCAUCGCUCGCCUGCGACGAUAUGAGCACUAUGGUACUAUCUCGAGGCCUUUGGAUCACACUGCCGAUCCGUAUUUCGCUGUGAUAGUCAAACUGAUGUCGACCCCUACCCUCCGUGUGCUCAAGUUAUGCGACUGGGACUUGACGCACUCAUUCAUCACGCACUCUGGGAACAGCUGCCCCGUAGAAGACUUGGACCUUAUGAUUCGCAGCUCGAGCCUCGAUCAAUUCUCUCAAUACCUCUGUCGCACGCCAUCCAUUCAAGCCCUCAGAAUCUCCACCUUCAUCCCGCCUACUCAGUUCAUGGAUGCUCCAGCGUUCAACUUGGACCUGUCCGCACUGCCGCACCUUCGAGAGGUGCAAUGUCCAGGAGAGUUCCUACCGAUCUUGAUUCCCGGCCGCCCUGUCCGCGCUGUGACUGUCAUACAGCUGAACCCCUUCAAGAAGCUGGACGGUAGGCCCAUCAACGUCACCCCGAUAAAACGCUCCAGUGCGGCUGUCGAAGAGCUCGGUAUCACUGACCGCGCGUACCAAGAGUUGGAUAUAAACGAGCAUUUUCCAGAUCUUCGUACCCUCACUAUCUAUGCCAUCGAGAAGACGCGCCUCGAUGUCAAGAAAGAGCGACUCGCCGUCCGUAACGUCCGCUUCUACCCAGCGACUGCAUCGAGGUUCGCCCGUUUCAACGUCCAGAACUACAGCCUCGAUCUCAAGAUGCAGCGAGAGCUCCUAAACGACUUCAAAGAGACCUUCCCUCGUACCCUGCGAAUCCAGCUCGCUGGCGGCUACGUCGAAUGGCGACGCACCAGCGAUGAGGCAUGGGUCUGGCGGCCGUUCGUCAUUUCUCGGGAUCUGGCCCGGCGACGGCUGAUGGUCAUGGCGUGGCACCUCGAAGGGGGCAAGCUACACGAUCUCGUGGGGACGAAGGUGGUGGACGAGGACGGGUGCCUCGCAGGGCUCUUUCGACCGUCCGAGAUGACACCGAGUCUUUCUGUGAUCCUCAACUCCUACGGGCGAGAGAGUCCAGAAGAGAUGUACUCGCGUCUGGAGACCGCUUGACUACCGGAAAUGCCCUGUCCAGCGAGCGUGAUCGCUCAGGGGUGAUAUGAUCGCAGAAAGAGACAGGUAUAGCGCCUGGCCAGGGCAGUUCAUAUCAGCCUAGGAAGUCGAUGUUUAGGCUUCCGGGAGAUAAAGCUGAACUCGCGGAGCCCUGACUCCUAGUGGCAGUACUAUGGAGCUAUUU